ACUCUAGCCACUGUUUUUCUAAGUCACUGUCAGACAAAAUACAUAAUAAUCGGGGGAUUAUUUUCUAAGCGGAAUAAAACUUCCUACCGUAGUUGUACUACAGUGAUAUCGGGCAGUGAGGUUCUAAAUAUAGUGAAAAUUAGUUUUUAAAAGUUUAACAUGUCUAGAAAUCCGAGAUCGGGUAAAAAAACUAAUUUGUCGCAGUUUGGUCUUCUAGACAUACCAGAUAUUAACGAUGAUGAUGACAAUCUGGACCUAUCAGACGAUGACUUCGAUUUGGAAGCGGAACUCGCAGCCAUCAGCGGUGGCCGAGCACAGAAGCCGAAGCCUAAGAAACCAGCACCAGUGCCUGUGGCUAACUUGGAUGCUAUGAUAGCGGAGAGCUUGAAGGAUGUGCCUUCUGACGAUGAGGGGUCUGGAGACGACGACGACCCAGACUUACUGAACGAGCUCCAAGCCCUAUCAAUAGACGAUGAUGAAGCACCCGCCCCACCGCCCCGGUCGUCUCGCCCUGCGCCCCCACCUCCUGGGGCUCCUCUCAGUACUGACAGCAGCACUAUAAGCAUGCUGCAAGACAGGAUCACUAAUUAUACGGUCGCUGAGAAGAAUGCUAAGGCUAAUGGUGAAAGCAGUCGGGCUAGAAGGUUUGGUCGAGGCCUCAAAACGCUCCAAGACCUUCUAAAACAAGCAAAAGCAGGCAAACCGAUAAAGAAUGACGACAUUCCUCCACCAGUCAUGGUUGGGAAGGCAGCUGAUCACCAAGAUCCUAUUCCUGAAGACCCUCGGCCACCUCCUCCGGUGGAGGUUGCUAGUCCACCUCCAGAGGAGCCGCUGAUAGACUUUAGUGCGCCAGAACCGAGCCCACCGGCUCCAAGUCCACCUAGCAUACCUGAGCCUACUAGUAUGGGAGAUGAUCAAAGGAAAAGGGAGUUGCAGUUAAUUUUACAGCGCCAAUCAGAAUUCAAAGCCGAAGCUCUAGCGGCAAAGAAACGUGGUGACAAAUUCCUAGCUCUCGGCUUCCUAAAGGUGACGAAACAGUUCGACACAGUCGUAGCAGCUCACAACAGUGGUGAAGUUAUGAAUAUGGAUGAACUGCCUACAGUGGCCAUGAUCACUGCGGCUUUGGAGCAGGAGAGGCUCCAGCAAGAUGGGGUGCAGAAUUCUGCAGCUCCAGAGCCCACAGAAGAUACGAGUGGCGGAGGAGGGGGGCUCAUAAUGGCGAAGACCUUGGGCGAAGGACUACAUCAGAGACUUGAGGCUUUUAAAAAACAAGAAGCAAAAGCCAAAGAAGAGGGCAACUCCUCAAAAGCUCGCCGCAUGAACCGCAUCAUCAAGCAAUAUGCUGACGCCAUCAAACGUCACGAGGCGGGCCAGCCUGUCGCCGUGGACGAUCUGCCCGCCCCCGCUGGAUAUGGCCCACUGCCCACUGCUGGGGGUCAAGCUUCGUCCCCCUCGAGUCCCAGGGCUCCCGCCCCCGCAGCCCCCGAGCCCGGCGCGGGGCCCGGCGCGGGGCCCGGCGCGGGGCCCGGUGCGGGGCCCGGCGCGGCGCAGGCGGCGCGGCGGGACCAAGUGUUAGCCUUGCUGUUCAAGAGACAGAUGCAGUUCAAAGAAAUAGCUCUAGUGCAUAAGAAGAAAGGUGAAUUAGACACAGCAUUACAGUACCUUCGUACGGCGAAACGCUUCGACCCGCUCAUAGAGGCGGCGCGGGCGGGCAGGCCGGUAGACCUUAGUAAUUUACCCUCACUGCCUAAAGCGAAACCUGCUAAAGCUACAUCCGACUCACUACCGUCCUCAACCGCCGAAAGUUCUUCGAUCGACGAACCAUCAGGAUCGGACUGGGUAGAAGUUUCACCUUUAACGGGAACUUCAACUGACGAUGCCCAUUCCAGUUUGUUGAACCAACUGGAAUCUCAAGCUAAGAUGGCGAAGGAAUUCAUGAGCCAUUGCAAAAGUAUGGGCCAUGUGGCUGAGUCGAAAAUGUAUGAGAAGCUAUAUGAAAGGGUUAAAGAGGAUCUUGAUAUUGUUAGGGUGGCUACACUCAACAACCGUGCCCUCCCAAGUUUCCACUACGUAACGCGAGAGUUCUCAGUGACGCAGUGCAAUACCGACCUUGGCGUGAACGAUUUAGAGUUGACAAUCGUUCGCGGCAUCGCGUACAAUGUGUCUAAAGAUAUGGAUACUUAUGUGAGGUUCGAGUUCCCUUUCCCACAGGAAGCCCCCAUAUCAGACAGAACAGAGGUAGUGAAAGACUCGAACAAUCCCGAAUACAAUGCGGUGUUCCCUCUCGCCAUCAACCGUUCCUCCCGGCCGUGUCUGCGAGUCUUCAAGCGUCACGGCAUCAAGUUAGAAGUAUGGAGUAAAGGGUGGGGCUGCGCUGACGCGCUGGUCUGUUGCAGCGGCUGGUUCCGCUCCGACUCCUUGCUGGGUACUGUCAACGUCAAGCUGGCGCCGCUGCAGGAAGCUAUCACUCUUCAUGAUUCAUUCCCGCUAAUCGACGGUCGUCGUCCUGUGGGCGGGUCGUUGGAGAUCAAGCUGCGCGUACGCACACCACUUCUACAGCAAGAGGUCAAAACUACCAAACACCGCUGGCUAGUGUUAGACGACGUCUAAAAUAUCAUCUGCCUAGCCCUUUCCCUACGUUGGGGUCGGCUUCCAUUUUAACCGGAUGCAGCUGAGUAUAAUUAUUGCCACGAAUCCUGAGCUCUGACCUUCACCUGCACAGAAGUAAUUCAACGAAGUAAUAGACCACAAAACCACAGAAGAGUGUGGUAAAGCGGUGAUUGGCCCGCAGUGCAUCGCGUCAUAGCCGUCACUCGGGAUUGGUUCUUUGCUAAUAAAUUACUUCUGCGCAGAUGUAGGUCAGAGCUCAAGAUUCGUGCUGAUAACUAUACCAGUGUUUGAUAAGGAGCGACUGCCUAUCUGACCUCCUCAACCCAGUUACCCGGGCAACCUGAUACCCCUUGGUAAGAUUGUGAUAUGAUGUGUAAAAUAUAACGAUGCAAUUAUGUAGGAAUGUUAAUAAAAUAGUCGGUAAUGGUAACUUAUAUCACUGUUGAGCUAUAGAUAUUUGCUGUGGGUUUUAAUAACCGAUCUAUCUAUCGAGUUGCUUACUAUAGUCUGUUUUUUUUUAAUCUCGUAGACUAAACUGACAUUACGAGUGUUGUCACUUUAGUGCAAUUCUUAAAUAGUGAUGUGGCACAACCGAAACUUAGCGUUAAUAAAUUCAAGUAUCGUUUUUUUACAAUAAGUUAUCAAAAAAAAAAAACACUUUGAAUGAAAAAUAAAUUCGUCUAUUAUAGAUAAUAAGAUAGAUAAUUCGUCUAUAAGAAGUUACGAUUCAACAAACCGGUAUCGUAAGUAUAACACUGUACAAAAGAGCUGUCAAUUUAGUCUACGAGAUUAAAAAACAGACUAUAGAGAUGGAAUUUUGACAUUAGCCUCAAACUGCUAAUGUCAAAUGCCUAUGUUUAGUAAGCAAAUCAAGAAAUAGAUGGUUAUUGAAAAUAUACAGCUUUCUGCAGCCAGCUAAAAAGUAACUUGUAUAUUAUUCUGAUAUGUUAUUUGUAUUAAUUUUAAGUUUUAUCAAAAUCUGUUCGCGUGUACAAGUUACAAUCAUACACACUUUUAAGAUAUUAUAAUAUAAUUGUUUUCUGCGGUUUCGCCCGAGGAAUUCACAGUUUUGCAUUUAUUUAUUUUAACGAAUGGUUUCCAAAAUAUUAUAGCUCACAACACGAGCCGUGCAGGCAGAAUGGUACACAAAAAUGUAGCAAAGUGGUUUGUAGUAUAUUUUCGAAAUUUUGACAUAUACAUGGCUUUCGCAUGGCCAUGCGAAGUCGAUAUUUUAAUCUAAAAUAAUAUAUGUACUUUUAAAAUGACAUUCACUUUUUAUUUUUAUAUUGAAUGAAAAUCUGCCUUUAUCUUUUUUAAAUGUCGACCUCAUGUUGUGAUUAUGAAAGUAAGAAAUAUUGUAAAAUAAAUAUUGCUAUAGUAAUUUUUAUAAAUAAUAAUCUUCGAUGUACGGUAUAAAGAGUUUAGAGAAAUGUGCUUAAAUUAGGACAUUUGACGCACUGGAAUGCAACCUAUAAUAUUUAAGUCACAUAAAUGUAAUAUAAGAAAAUCUCACUUGAAGCUUGCGUCCAAUCAUUUUUUAAAUUUUAAACAUGUCACAAAUUGUUUUGAAAUUGUCAAUAGAUUUUGAACCUUAGAGUUUGGAAACAAGGUUCUAAUUCAUUCGAAAGUGAAUUAAAAUUGAUUAUUUUUGUAUUAUCUAGUAAAUAUAUUUUUAUUUCAAGUAAAUAUAUUUUAUACUACCAUUUCGAUAUAUAGGUACUUGAAGAUUUACAAAAAUGUCUUCGGCUAUAAAUGAUUUUUAUUUUUUCAUAAUAUUGUAUAAUAAUAAUAAUUUAAAAAAUGUUUUAGUUGUGCUGUCUAAAAGACGUUGUCUGUACAGAAAUGUGCAGUGCAUGUGAAUUUGUAUGUAUUCGAUAAUAUUAGUCCACUAUUAUUUUUAUAAUUGUACAUUAUGAAUAUAAUAAUAUUAUGUAGUAUGUUAAUAAUUGUAAUUAUUAAAGAUCUGGUUGAUCGUU